AUGGAAGAAAUCCAUGAUUCUUUCUAUGCUGGACUCUACUCCAAGGUUCUUUCAGACACAAAAGAUAUGAAGAAGCUUGAUGAGCAGACAGAAUUUAUGGUUUUACGCGCUAGAUUAAAUCUUGGACAAACAGAUUUCGUAUUGAAUCAAGUUAAAGCCCAGGCCAAUGAUAUGCAUAAAGGAGUUUAUCUCAUUGCUCAGGCCAAGAAAUGUAACAACGAGACUGAAAUUGCCAAUUUAAUUCCAGUUGGUGACGAACAGACAGUUGCAACAAAUCCAUAUUAUGCAAUUUCAAAGGCUAUGCUAUAUAUUAUGUCAGAUAACAUACCAGAUGCUCUCUUAACGUUAAAUGGAAACACAAAUUCAGAGGCAAUUGCCGAAAGAAUACAUUGUUUAUUACUUUUGAAUAGACCCGACCUUGCUCAAAAGGAAUUAGAGAAUAUUAGUGAGCAAGUCCUUAAAAGUAUUUGGACUGCUUUUGUUUCACUUUAUUUAGAAAAAGACGAAAUCAAGAAAGCACUUUAUUCAUUACAAGAUAUUGCAGAUAGAUUACCUCUCUCACCUCUACUCGCAAAUGCAAUCAGUUGCUGUUAUUGCGCUCUUGGCGAAUGGGAUAAUGCUCAGAUGUCAAUUCAAAAUGCUUCUGAGAACUUCCCUAAUGAUGAUAGCAUCAUGAUUAACCAGGCAGUUGCUUUACAUCGCGGAACAGAUUAUGAAAAACUCAAACAACAAAUUCAAAUGGUUAUGAGCCUUAACAAUAGCUACACAAAGUCUAUCAACGAUAUGCUUAAGGACUUCGAUGAUACAGCUUCAAGAUUGUAA